UUUUGACUCACUAACUCCAAAGUGGGUAGCACACAUCUUUAUAGUUUAUGAAACACAUGUUGGCAUUUUUUGAAACAGAGCCUGUCUACAAAUUAUCAUGAAGUUCCCUACCACCUGUUUGGCUACAGGAGUGUCACAGUUGCCUGACAACCAAUGGGAUCACAACAAGGGGCGUGGUUUACUGGAACUGGGUUGGAAAUUGUGUACAUGCUGUCAGAGGUACCCUGUGGAUCCACAUUCCAUUACAGUACAAAAGUUGUUUGGCAUAAGUCCUAAACCACAGACCAUGUGACACUGCCAAAUAAUUAAUGUAUUUGGGUAAAAAUCUGUCAGUAAUCCAUUUUUACAAUAUUACAGGCCUAUUGUUAACUUAUAGUAUUAUAUUGCUAGUUUGCUUGGUGCCAUAAGAAAAUUAAGUGCCAUGAGAAGGAACAAGUCUUUUAGAGUAUAAGGAAGCAGAUGAAGAAGAUUAAAGUCUUGAGAAGAAGAAUGAAAAGAAUGGCAACAUUUUUAUCUUUGUGUUUGUAAUGUUUUAGUCUGUGUUUGUCUUUCUUUGGAAGUAGAUGGACCUGAAUGCCGUGUGGGUAACAGCCAUAGUUUUACAGGUCGAUUCGGAGGGAUACGAUUACAGCUGCGGCUUCUCCACGUCCCGUUCUUGGCUCUGAGAGAUGGAGAGGCAGAGGGCUUUCCUGGACAGCCGGAGAAGCCCUCCCAGUGACAGCGGCUCCGCCACCUCCCUGAAUGCCGAUACUGUUGAAGAUUUCAGGAAGAAACUCAAACACUUCUUCAUGAGCCCCUGUGAGAAAGUCAACACGCAAUGGCGGAUAUCUUGGAAACUGCUUCUACAGAUCCUUAAAAUCGGACUUGUCACCACCCAGCUGAUCUCCUUUGGACUCAGUAACCAGAUGAUGGUCACAUUUGAAGAUGAGAUUCUGGUCACACUCAGGCAUCUACUUCUGAAAGGAUAUAAUGACAGAAAUAUUGAGAAUUAUGCCGUAUACACAAAGUCUGAAGUGUAUGACCACAUCCAUUUUAUUGUUGAUCAGUAUGUAAAUUUGUGGAAUCUUUCUGCGGGCAACCAUGCAUACGAGAAGGACGGCGGGAAGUAUACGCCCCUUUCCAUAUGCCAAGACUUCUACAGAAAGAGCCUGAUUUUCCCAGAAAAUGAGACCUUCCACAUUGAUCCCCACGUUGAAUCAGAGUGCUCGGACAUAUAUCCAUCGCAGCUCCUUGCAGACCCUACAAUUAUGAAAAAACAGUUGAAUAUCACUCUGGAUUUUAAAAGGCUGAUUAGAAUAAAAAUCCAUUUCGCACUGAAGGCCAUAAACGUGCAAACGCUUUUUCAUCAGGAGUUGCCCGAUUGCUACGUCUUCGCUGUGGCGACCACGUUUCACAACAUUGCUCAAAGUGGACGCAUCAAAAUGACUCUGAACAGCAAUACUGACAUUAAAGAGUGUAAAGACGGGAAUGUUACAUUCACGUUUCCCAGGAACAUCCAUUACCUUACGUUAGAUUCUUUCAUCAUCCUCAUCUGUUUGACGUCACUGCUUCUGUGUGUCCACUCGCUAAUCAACGGGAUUCUGCUGCAGUUCGAAUACACUGCCUUUUUCCGAGCCCUGCGCAAAAAUGUACCACCAUGGUCAGAUCGCAUGGAGUUCGUGAAUGGCUGGUAUAUUCUGAUUGUACUCAGCGACUCCUUGGCAAUAUCAGGCUCUCUCCUCAAAAUCGGAAUCCACCUGAAGAAUUUUACCAGUUAUGAUGUCUGUAGUAUUCUGCUGGGUACAGCCACGCUGCUGGUCUGGACAGAAGUCAUCUGGUACCUCAACUUGUUUCAGAAAUAUAACGUCCUAACCCUUGCGUUAAAGGCAGCCUUUCCGAAUGUCCUCCGGUUCUGCGGAUGUGUCAUCAUGAUCUAUCUUGGUUACUGCUUCUGUGGCUGGAUUGUAUUAGGACCUUACCACUCAAAAUUCCAGACUUUGAACACCGUGUCUGAGUGCCUGUUCUCCGUCAUUAGUGGAGAUGUCUUCCACACCUUCAAGAACAUACGGAGAUCGAGCUACCUGGUGUGGCUCUUCAGCAGACUGUACCUCUACUCCUUCGUUUUGCUCUUCGUCUACAUGGUUUUCAGUCUCUUCAUCUCGCUUAUCACAGACACAUGCAACACCGUGAAGCAGCAGCAGCAAGACCGCCGGACGGAGUCGGCACUGAGGGCGUUCAUAGACUGCAAAGACCUGCCGGAUUCAGGGAAGUUCACGCUGGACAAGGAACCGGAUUCAUGCUCUUUUUGCAGCUGCCUUCGGUGUGUCACGUAGCCUGUAAAACAGACCUUAUCCAGAAAGGGUUGGUGUGUAUGUGGGUUUUCGCUGCAACUCCUUAAUUAGAUUACUAAUUAGAGGGCUGAUUGGCUGAAGAGUGCAUGAACCUGGGUUUGAACAGCUGACCUAAAGGUUACCCCAGAAACCUGCACACACACCGGCCCUUUGCGGAUAGGAUCGCCCACCCGCUGUUAAAGGCAGUGGUGGGAAUAACUGCCCUUGGAAGUGAGCCGGAUCAUAUGGCUCCUUCACCAUUCAUUUUUCGUCCCUUCUUACAGGGUAGAGGUUACUAGGUUUAUCUACAAAGUAAUCAGUGGGAUAAUGAUAGGGCAAGAUUUGGAUCAGAUUCAAACUUAUAUCCCACUGAUAUGAUCUCAUUUCUUAUGUGUGGACUAGGUUUAGCUAGAGGAGGAGGUGCCAACUUUGAACAUUGAGUUUGCAAACAGUAACUAGCAAAUCCUGCUUAUUCUACCUUUGAGGACCAUAAUGCGAUAAUCGAUACCUCCUGCGACUGGCUGGUGCUACUGUUGAUAUAAAGGGGAGUGGAAGGAUUUAGGGCGGGCGAUGAAAUUUGGACAGAACAAUAAAAAGAACAGCUUAAGUACGA